AUGGAGAUCCCAAAACCCCUCUCCCAAUCCGAUGCAUACGUCCAUCUUCUCCAAUCAGCCAUCAAAUCCCGAGACUCCUCCACCGGAAGAUUCAUCCACGCUCGAAUCAUCAAACACGGCCUUCAGCUCAGCGCCUUCUUGAUGAACAACCUCCUCAAUUUCUAUUCCAAAACCUCCUCUUUCACAGACGCUCACCGUCUGUUCGCUGAAAUGCCACUCAAAACCACAUUCUCAUGGAACAUUCUUCUCGCUUCCUAUGCCAAAGGUGGCAACAUAGAAACUGCACGCCGUUUGUUUGAUGAAAUUCCUCAACCAGAUUCCGUCUCAUGGAAUUCCAUGAUAGUGGGUUAUAACCAAAUGGGUCUUUUUUAUACCUCUAUUUACACGUUUCUGAAAAUGAUUUCCUCUGGAGUUUCGCCGAACCAGUUCACGUUUACUAAUGUUCUUGCUUCCUGUGUUGCGACUGGAACGUUGGAUAUUGGUAACAAGGUUCAUUCCUUUGUUGUGAAACUCGGGUUGACUGGUGUGGUUCCUGUUGCUAAUUCGUUGCUUAAUAUGUAUGCAAAGUCGGGUGAUUCGGCAAUGGCGAAGGUUGUUUUUGAUCGAAUGAGGCUAAGAGAUAAAUCGACUUGGAAUAUUAUGAUUUCAAUGCAUAUGCAGUUUGGUCGACUCGACACUGCUCUUGCGCUCUUUUAUCAAAUGACUGAUCGAGAUAUUGUCUCGUGGAAUUCCAUUAUCGCAGGUUACUGUCAUCAGGGAUAUGACGUCAAAGCUCUGGAAACAUUUUCUUAUAUGUUUAGGAGUUCAUCUUUAAAGCCGGAUAAGUUCACCUUGGGCAGUGUUUUGUCGGCCUGUGCUAAUCUUGAAAGCUUGAAACUUGGGAAGCAACUCCAUGCAUUUAUUGUAAGAGCUGAUAUUGAUAUCUCCGGGGCAUUGGGGAAUGCCCUUAUCUCGAUGUAUGCCAAAUCUGGUGCAGUGAAAAUUGCUCGAACAAUUGUAGAAUUAAGAGGCACUUCGAGUCUUAAUGUUAUAGCAUUCACAUCCCUUUUGAAUGGCUAUGUCAAAAUUGGGGAUGUAAACCCGGCGAGAGAGAUAUUUGAUUCGUUGAAAUGUCGCGAUGUAGUUGCAUGGACUGCCAUGAUUGUAGGUUAUGCACAGAAUGGCUUACUUAACGAUGCUUUGGAGCUAUUUAGAUUGAUGAUUACAGAAGGCACAAGGCCAAACAGUUAUACUCUAGCAGCUUUACUGAGUGUCUUUUCAAGCUUGGCUUCUUUGGAUCAUGGUAAGCAGCUUCAUGCAACUGCAAUAAGAUUGGAAGAAGUGUCAUCGGUUUCUGUGGGUAAUGCUUUAAUUACCAUGUACUCGAGAUCUGGAUGUAUCAAAGAUGCAAGGAAAGUAUUCAAUCAAAUAUGCACUGAAAGGGAUACAUUGACUUGGACUUCCAUGAUUAUAGCUCUAGCUCAACAUGGUCUGGGAAACAAGGCCAUAGAGCUGUUUGAAGAGAUGCUGAAAUCUAACUUAAAGCCUGAUCAUAUUACUUACGUUGGUGUAUUGUCUGCCUGUACGCAUGUGGGAUUGGUAGAGCAGGGUAAGCGUUACUUUAAUUUGAUGAAAAACGUUCAUCGCAUUGAACCUACCCCUAGCCACUACGCAUGUAUGAUUGACCUGUUUGGACGUGCUGGAUUGAUGGAAGAUGCAUACAAUUUUAUAAUAAGCAUGCCUAUUGAACCAGAUGUUAUAGCGUGGGGUUCGCUUUUGUCUUCUUGCAGGGUUCACAAAAACAUGGAUUUGGCUAAAGUGGCAGCUGAAAAAUUGCUUCUUAUUGAUCCCAACAAUAGCGGUGCUUACUCGGCGCUUGCUAAUACUCUCUCAGCUUGUGGUAAAUGGGAGGAUGCUGCUAAGAUUAGAAAGUUAAUGAAAGUCAGGGAAGUGAAGAAAGAACAAGGGUUCAGUUGGGUUCAAAUCCAAAACAAAGUACAUAUUUUUGGGGUUGAAGAUGCGCUUCACCCACAAAGAGAUGCGAUAUACAGAAUGAUGUCAAAAAUAUGGAAGGAGAUAAAGAAAAUGGGUUUUACUCCAGACACUGAUUCUGUAUUACAUGACCUAGAGCAAGAAGUGAAGGAACAGAUCCUUAGACAUCAUAGUGAAAAACUGGCUAUUGCAUUUGCAUUAAUAAAUAGUCCAGGGUAUACUACGCUGAGGAUCAUGAAGAACCUUAGAGUUUGUAAUGACUGCCAUUCUGCCAUAAAAUAUAUCUCCAAGCUAGUGGGAAGAGAAAUUAUAGUAAGAGAUGUCACGCGUUUUCAUCAUUUCAAGGAUGGUUCUUGUUCCUGUCAGGAUUACUGGUAG